UGUCCCACCACUGUCUCCAGCACUCUGUCAUCUCGGGUGGGGUACUCUGUGUUCCCAGUAGAAUCUGGGGGACCCUGUGUCCCACCACUGUCUCCAGCACUCUGUCAUCUUGGGUGGGGUGGGAUACUCUGUGUUCCCCAUGGAACCCUGUGCCCCAGCACGGUGCCACCUCUGCUGUCCAUCCGUGCCAGGAUGGGACCAGGAUGCUCCGUGUUCCCACCUGGAACAGGGGGCACAGCCCCGUGCCUCUCGUGCUUUGUCACCUGCCGGGACGCUCUUCAAUCCCAGCGGCAGCCGGGGGACCCCGCUCCCGGGGCCGUGCCACCUGCACUCCAUCACCGCGACGGGCCGGGACGCUCGGCAUCCCGCCGGGCCCGUGUGUCCGGGCCCGUGUCCGCCGUCUGUUUGCAAUCAGCCCCGGAGCCGCGUGCGGCCGGGCCCGCUGCCAGCCCCAGCCUGGAAAAGGGGGAGCGGGAGCGGCGGGAGCCAGAGCCGGGGAGCGCAGCGCGGCAGCGGCACCGCGGAGGCGGCACCUGCCCUGCCCGGCCGGGGGACAGCAGCCGCAGGGACGCGGGGCCAUGGCCCGGCUGCUGCCCGUGCUGCUGCUCGCGGCCCUGGGCUGCGCGGCGCGGCGGCCGGCGGCGUGGGACGGUGGAGCAGACGGUAAUGCACAGCCGGGACCCUUCCCCGCGGGGCUGGGCCAGGCUCCUGCCCCGGGGGCUGCUCGUGGUCCCAGCCCGGCCCCUCCAGCCCAGAGACCCCCGGCCAGGGGCUGCGCCAACCUGACGCUGGUCCUGGACAACUGGAAAUUCGCCAUCACGUCGCAGCUGAGGAACCUGCUGCUGUCCGACCACCAGACCGUGCUGCCCGACUACGGCCGGAUCCCGGCGCUGUCGGGGGCUCUGGACGAGCUGUACCGGGAUUUCCGCGGCCUGAAGGAGCAGCUGGGCCGGCUCUCGGAGCGCUUCGCCCACCUGGAAGCCUCCGUGGAGCAGCUGAGCCGGGCCCGGGGCGCUGCGGCCCCGCCGCGCCGGGGAGGGGUCCCGCCGAGCCCCCGCAGGGCUCCCGGGAGCCCGCAGUGAGCGACCGGGCCGGGCCGGGCCCAGCCGGGCUGGGGACAUGGGGGACAUCGCUUGGGGGGCUCGGAAAAACGGGGGGCAGACAC